GUCUUGCCAUCGCUCUUGUCCUGUUUAUAUUCCCAUAUGUUUACUAUGAUCCCUUUUCCGAGGUUUACUUGUCAGUGGUGCUAGCUAACAAGUUAGCCCCCAAACUUAGCUUGGAGUAAUAGUGAAGACGGAGCCACACUUCUCUUGUUUUCCCGUUGGUGGUUUAUCGAAAGAUAUUGUUUGUGCUUUAUUUUGAUAGCAGAUAAAUGUUAGACCCCGGUUUGGAAAACAGUUUUAACAACCGUGUUCAUGUGAAAUCACUGCCUGUUCACUCCUACGUGGAGACCACCGCAGAGUGUCCGGAUCAUCUUCAGGCAGAGACACAAAGAAAGCGGAUGAUAUAGAUAGCAGCCUGAGGUCCUCCACCAGAGAAGGUUUGCUGGGAUGGGUAACCUGCUAAAAGUCCUAACAAGGGAAAUAGAGAACUAUCCACAUUUUUUCCUGGACUUUGAGAAUGCGCAGCCGACAGAGGGAGAGCGCGAGGUGUGGAACCAGGUGAAUUCAGUCCUCCAGGAGUCUGAGAACAUCCUGGGUGGCCUUCAGUCAUAUAAAGGGGCUGGACAGGAGAUCAGAGAUGCGAUUCAAAACCCCAGUGAUCACAGCCUGCAGGAGCGAGCGUGGAACUCUGUCUGCCCGUUGGUCAUCAAACUCAAGACGUUUUACAGCUUCUCUCUCAAACUAGAGGAGGCUCUGCAGAGCUUGCUGGAGUCCCUCACAUGUCCGCCCCUUACACCCACUCAGCACCUGGAGAGGGAGCAGGCACUGGCCAAACAGUUCGCUGAGAUCCUCCACUUCACUCUACGCUUUGAUGAGCUCAAGAUGAGAAAUCCUGCCAUCCAGAAUGACUUCAGCUACUACAGAAGGACCAUCAGUAGAAACCGGAUAAACAACAUGAACCUGGACAUUGAGAGUGAAGUCAACAAUGAGAUGGCUAACAGGAUGUCUCUGUUCUACGCGGAGGCCACGCCCAUGCUGAAAACACUCAGCAAUGCAACCACAAACUUUGUGACAGAGAACAAGACUCUUCCACUGGAGAACACAACAGACUGCCUCAGCACCAUGGCCAGCGUCUGUAAAGUCAUGCUAGAGACACCAGAGUAUUCAAGCCGUUUCAGCAGUGAGGACACUCUAUUAUUUUGCAUGAGGGUCAUGGUUGGAGUCAUCAUUCUGUAUGACCACGUCCACCCCAACGGCGCCUUCAACAAGUCCUCCAAGAUAGAUAUGAAAGGCUGCAUAAAAGUGCUGAAGGACCAGCCAGCAGACAAUGUAGAAGGCCUCCUGAAUGCGCUCAAAUUCACCACAAAACACCUGAAUGACGAGAAUACUCCCAAGAACAUCCGAGCGAUGCUCCAGUAAUAUUUGUUCCUUCUUAUAUAAAUAUAUAUAAAUAGAUAUGAAGAGGAUCACGGCUCUGACCUCAGAUAAGAUGUAUAUGUUUACAUUAUUUAAAGACUCGAUGUUAAUACUUGUGUGUAUUUGCAUAGUCAUUCCCUCCAAGUUAUUGAAGCCUGCAGAAUACAUACUUUCCACUGUGCAAAAAUAAAAAAAGUCUCACAUGAAUUGCCUCAACUGAUGAGAGCUGUCAAAGCACAGAUGAUGGAUGCCCAUCAGCCUUAUAUGUAACUGAGCUUUGCAAGCAGCACUCAGAAAUAAAGAAACCAGGCAGCAGAAAAAUGUCCUUUAAUGAACUGUUUCAGUCUUUUCCACAUGUGACAGUGUGUGCACCAUUUUUAUGAAAAUUAACUUUUUUCAUUUGGAACUGUGGACAUCCCAAAUCCUGACUGUUACAUCAUCUUGCGUCUUCUCUUGACGUGCGAACAGUGAGCUGGAAAGCCGGAGCACACAAUCAUUCCCGUGAUGGACAUUUCUGUUGCAGUGAAGGGCUAAAUCCUAAAGCAGGGGUUGAUGUUUGGCCGUAUUCUCUCCUUGUGUUCAGGCUCUAGCCUUGUGCACCCUUUGAAAUGAAUCCACUGUGAACAUAAAACCCUGCUUCAUGCGUCAAGUCAGAUCCAGUGUGUCAAAGUUGAGGUGUGAUUGAUAAGUCAGUGCAACCCACCAAAUGUUUUAUUCAUCUGUGUUUGACUUGCGUGACAAUAAUUGUGUGUUUUGCCACCUUUUCAGUGACUUUUAAUCUGUGAGGCUUCGUUAUAGAGCGUUCUUU